UCCCUGAGAUGCAGCGGCUGCUCCUGCUGCUCCUGCUGGCAAUGGGGGGCUGGGCGGGCAGGCAGGUGCCCCGAGGAGGGGUCCUGCCCCAAGCUCCAGGGCAGCAGCUGAGGGUGCAGGAGUCCGUGACAGUGCAGGAGGGCCUGUGUGCACUGGUGUCCUGCUCCAUCCUCUACUCCCGGGUGGGCUGGGACCCGUCUGUGCCCGCCUAUGGCUACUGGUACCGGAGAAGGAGAAAUUCCAGUUUGAACACAGACCGAAACGCUCUCGUGGCCACCAACAACCCAAGCAGAAGAAUACCAAAGAAAAUCCAAACUACUGCUUUCCACCUUGUGGGGGACCCGGCAGCCAACGACUGUUCCCUGAGAAUCUCAGGACCCCGGUUGAAUGACAGUGGACUCUAUUAUUUUCACCUGGAGAGAGGAGAAAAAUUCAUCUAUGAAAAUGACCUCACGGUGAAUGUGACGGCGCUGACACAGAUUCCCGACAUCCACAUCAAAGAACCCCUGGAGGCCGGCCGCCUCAGCCACCUGAGGUGCUCCAUGCCUGGGGCCUGUGAGGGGGCCCUGGCCCCUAAUAUCUCCUGGAGUGGGAUAGCCUUGAAAGCCUACACCUCCCAGAAUAUCACGAUUAUCCCCCGGCCCCAGGAUCAUGGCUCCAACCUCACCUGUCGGAUGAUCUUUCCCAGCAUUUGGGAGUCCAGAGAAAGGACCGUGCAGCUCAGUGUGUCCUAUGCUCCUCAGAUUGUGGCCAUCAGCGUCACUGGAGCAGGUGACACAGAGUCCCAAGGAAACACCAUGUAUGUGGACGCCCAGAAAGGCCAGUUCCUGCAGCUGCUCUGCACUGCUGAUGGCCGGCCUCCUCCCACGCUGACCUGGGUCCUGAGGAACCGAGUCCUGUCAAGGUCAAAUGUCACAGGCCCUGGAAGCCUGGGGCUGGACCUGUCUGGGGUGAAGGCGGGAGAUGCCGGGCGCUACACUUGCCAUGCCGAAAACAGGCUCGGCUCUCGGCAUCGCGCCCUGGACCUCUCCGUGCAGUACCCUCCGGAGGAGCUGAGAGUGACCGCUGCUCAAGGAAACACGACAGAGCUGGAAAUCCACAGGAACGGCUCGUCCCUCCUGGUCCUGCAGGGCCAAAGCCUGCGCCUGGUCUGUGUCACCCACAGCAACCCCCCCGCCACGCUGAGCUGGGCCCGGGGUUCACAGACCCUGAGCCCCCGCUGGCCCACAGACCCCGGGGUCCUGGAGCUGCCCGUGGUCCAGGUGGAACAUGAAGGAGAAUUCACCUGCCGGGCGCAGAACCCGCUGGGCGCCCUGCACAUCUCCCUGGGCCUCUCUGUGCACUGGAAGGCAGCGCCGGUGGGGCUGUUUGCACUGGGGGCUGUGUGUGGAGCCAGCGGGGUGGCCUUGCUGUUCCUCUGUGGCACCAUUGUCUUCUGCAGGGUGAGGACCUGCAGGAAAGAAGCUGCCGGCCCACCCGCCACUGCGAAGGUUGCCUGCUGCACCCCAACACCCUCCCAGAAGGGUCACCUGAAGGAAUCCAGGCCAGCCAUCCCACCCCCUGUGGUGGCCAGGCCCACUGUGGAGGAGGAAGAGCUAGAGCUCCAUUAUGCCUCCCUCAGAUUCUCUAGGCUGAGGCUUCCAGAAGCCGGGGACUCCCAUGACUCCGCCACCGCCACUGAAUACGCGGAGAUCAAGAUCCGCAAAUAAAGCGCAUGGCGUGCAAGGCACCCAGGUUUCAUGAGGCCCAGAGGAGGUGAUUAUUGUGGCCCCUGC